AACCAAAGAGAGUGCAACAGAGAAAUUCUCAGCAAACACUGAAGUGAAUUGUUUAAAAUGUGACAAUAGCAAUUCAAAUGUUUGCUAAGUAAUAAACCAAUAGUUGUUUUGAUUUUUUUUUACCAAAACGUGUUAAGUGAAUCGGUUACACAAGAGCGGGAGAGCAAAGGAAAAGUAAAAAAACAAUGGAGCAGUCGUAAAAAUUGAUUAAGCAAAACAAAUGAGAAGAGAGCGCAAAAUGCACAAAAUGGUUAAAUUAUUCCUCAGUUGAAAGUGAAAGCGGCGUCGCCCCAUCGUCGUGAAAUGUUGUUGCCGGCGAGUUGAGAUCGCAGACGGACAAGUUAUGCCAAUGGCUAAGAUAUUCCGCAGAAACUGACAAUCGAAUGCAAAAGCAGGGACGAACAUGAACUUCUAAACAUUGAAUUGACAGCUCCCAAAACGAGAUCCACGCAAAAUGCGCUUGCAACAUCGUUAUGCCAGUAAUCCGACCACAAAUACGAGUAAUAACAGCACGAUAAGUAACGGGAGCAGCAGCAACAAUACCACCAUUAGGCGGACCAAGAAGUUAGGUGGCCAGAACAUUACCAAGCUGCGCUCCGCCAAACAGUCGGCCAGCCCCAAGUCCCCAACCACGAUGCCACCCGCAACCCCCCUCAGCCGGCACCACCAGAUAAUGCUGGACAAGGAGACGGAAUCGGAGUCGGACAGGGAACCGGCGGCACUGUCGUCGAGGAGCCCAGGGCAGGAGGUCGGAAGCGAGGAGACCACUACCACCACCACUUCGGUGGAGCUGCGGUCCUCGGCCAGCUCGCAUUAUAGGGCAUACGCCACCAUCCGGAGCAACUCGACGUCGGCGAUCCUCCAUCAGGCCGUCCUGCCCCCCCUCACCUCCGCCGGAAUGCUGUACGCCCGCCCCCGCACCCUCAACGUCCACAAUGUCUGCCAGACGCCCGCGCAGAUAACGCAAAUGUUCUUCGGAGAAGUUCUGAAUGCAUGGCGAGCAAAGGCCAGAUGCAAUGUGGUGCCCGACGAGCGGACGCAGGAACUCUUCCACGAGCUAAGCUUCCAUCCUAGCCAAAAGCAGAUUAGUGAAAUGCUGCAGACUGCCAAGAAAGUGGCCCGAAAGGGAGGAAGUGGUCAGGCGAAUGGUUUGACCUUUGGUCAAUUUUGUGUUCUAGCCGCGGAUCUGAAACGCUUCAGAGCCUCGACAAUUUCGAAUCAGUCGUCGUACUGCGACUAUCAGACUCUGUCCUCGGGAUUAGUGCUCCCGGAACAGGAUAAUCCUGCCAGCACUUCUAAGCCACACCUGCAGUCCUCAGCUGCCACCGCCACGUCACCUGCCUACAGCACCAAAAAGCCGGAUAGCCAUGGGACCGAGCUGAGGAGCACCAAGUCCUUUAGCAGUGUGGAUGAUACCAAAAAGAAGAAGAACGCCAGCAAUGAGCCCGUUGAGGUGUUCCUUGGCGGAUCCUGUAAUCCAACCACCUGGCGAGCCGACGUUGCCAUUCCAGCCCUCAAGGAGCUGGGGAUUUCAUUUUACAAUCCACAAGUAUCCGAUUGGACGCCCGAUCUCAUCGAGCUCGAGCACCGAGCUAAGGAAAAGGCCCGUGUAUUAUUCUUCGUUAUGGAUUCGGAAACACGCGCAUCUGCUGGUGCCAUCGAGGCGGCACACAUAGCGGGUCAAAACUGCAAGCAGCUGGUGUUGGUUUUGCAUCCGUAUAAACCAAAUCAGAAGAUCCUUAAUGAGCCUAUUUCACAGCAAGAAUACAUCGAUUUGAAUCGCAACCAGUUGAUACUUAAGGAGUUGGUCUCCCGUCGCGGUCUGCCCGUAUUGGAUAACAUACCUUUGGGUCUGCAGCGCACCAAGGACAUCCUGUCUGGCAUCAGGGAUCCACCGUCCAAAAUAUCUUCUAUUUUAGAUACUGUUCGCGGCGCCUUUGAUCGCGUAAACCCGCAAGGCGAUCUGCUCACUGUGGAACAGUGCAAACGUGCUCUCUUAUUCCUAGGCUAUGCUCAGAGUUUAGUUAAUUUAGAUAAUCUAACUAAGAUCAUAAUCAACCAACGCGAAUCGCUGAAAUUGCUCCAAGCGCACAGCACAAAAGCGGUGGUGGAUGGUUUGGAUGAGGAUGUCGAAGCUGGCAAUUGCAGCCAGUCCAUCCUGCCUAGCCAGGAGCUCAUUGAUUUCGAUCUGUUCUGUGUGAUCUCGGCGUAUCUGUCCGUCCUACAGCAGGAGAUUCACGAAAGCGGUUGCAUUUCCCCCAUCAAGGGUACCAAUGUGCCGCCACCGCAGGUAUACUUCACCAAUGCUCCCGAUGUGGACAUUUACUACUCGGCCAGCAAGAAUAUUUCGCGGACGUCGAGCAACGCAAGUGUUCCGUCCAACAGCAGCAGUGGAAUCGGCCAUGACUUGGAGCGACAGAGUCACUUUGAGCAACUCAGUCGCAGUAGGGACAGUGGAACUUCCUCACCCCAGCCCACAGCAUCGAUCAGUUUUAGUAAAAGCCCCCGGCCACAGAUCCUGCUAAAUGUGGAGUCCAUCGAGACAACCGAGAUAAUCACCACCAAAACGAUAGAGACCAAGUCGAAUCCUUUGACUACAUCAGUUGUUGUGCCUGCCGAAGAGGAGGAGAGUGAUUCCAAUGACUCAGUCUUCUCCAGUAGCAGUUCAAUAGCUAGUGCCGGCGAUGCCCUCUGUUGUGGUGGUGGUUUGGAUAUCCGGGAUGUCUACCUGGGCGGAAGUUGUGUCCUCCGCACCAAGUGGCGUCAAGAGCUGGCUGUCCCCUAUCUACAGUCCAAGAGUGUUAGUUUCCACACCCCAGCGCUGCAUGAGAGUAUCCAGCAGAUGACUGGUGCUUCUCAGCAGCAAACAGCGCCACCGCAAGAGCAACAGCAGCAGCAGAGAUCCUAUGUGCGCACUCGCAGAAAGUGCAAGGGAAAUCAGCUGCAGCUGGAGGAACAGGAGGAGCUGACGGUGGCCGAGGAGUCGCUUAGCUGGUCUCUGCCGCCGGUCGCAGUCCGCCAGAGCCUGUACAACCCAUCGCUCCUGGACUCCAGCCGAGUCCUGCUCUUCGUGAUCAGCAACGAGACCCGUUCCCUGGCACCCAUGACCCUGGCCGCCCACUGCAUCGGUCUCAUGUACAACGUUGUUCUGGCGGUUCAGAUGCUGCCCGAGGACUGUGUCCUAGGUGGUGAGAAGCUGACUGUAGCGGCCAUCAAGGACUACAAUCGCGGACGGUCGUACCUAAUCGACCUGGCCAAAAGGCAAGGCGUGCCCGUUUUCACCGACAUUCGGGCCGCCCUCGAGUGCACCGUGGCCAAGGUGAAGGCGUACAACAACCGCGACCGCUGCUAAAACGUACCUGUAUUCAAGUUCCAGCUCGUGACAAUUUAAGCUUAUGUCUAAGUCUAAGGCCUAGUGCAAUUACGUUCUACUUAUUACACCCUCACUAACCAAAAUGGUGUCUUAUCGUAUUCGGAGAACACUCUUCUACCUAGUUAAAGCUAUACGUAAUAUUAUAUACAAUAAAACAUAAAAAGAGUGUAAAACCACUAAAAUGUCGUCGCCCAGAGAGCGCAUUUCAUAACCUUAUGGAGAAAGUUAUGCAUUCAGCUCCCCUCUCUCUAUAUUCGCAAUAAGCUGUUUGCUUUAUGCUAAUUUAUUAUUUAUUUAACACCGUACACGUGAUGCACGUACUAAUUUAAAUGUAAGUAUUCGAACAUGUACAAUUCUUAGUGCAUAUAUGUACAAUGCAAAAAUUAACUAAAAUAUAUAUAUUUUAUGAACAUAGUGAGCAAACAGAUAUAAAAUAAUUAAUUACUAUAUAAAAACCCCAAUUAUGUUUAUGUAUAUUCAUAGUGACCCACUGUACCAGUUAGCUGGCAAAAAAUAUCUCAAUAAAACAAUUUUUCUAACA